CGACGGAGAGCAGAACUCACGCUUCAUAUCAUUCUGUGUGAAACAAAGGUGAGAGGGCGUACGCUUUCAGAGGGAGGCCGAGCCUGUAAAGCGGCAGUGGGAGGGCUUCUCCGUGUUUUCGCUGGUUUUGAGAGCAGCCUCGACGCCCACCGAACAAGGCGGAGCGCGCAUCAACAUUUCGCCACUGCCGCUGCCCUGAUUAGAUCCACUGAGAAGCGGAGGAGAGCAGACACCCACAGAGAGACAGGGAGGACUGCUAUCUUUCUGGAACUAACACAAGAUGGAUGACUAUGUUGCCACCAGAAAGCUGUGACAUCACUGUGGAGUUGUGGACGUUUGUUGACGGUUUUCUUUCUUAACUUCACCUGGACUUUCUCUUGACCUGUUGUGCAUACCUCUCUAGAACAAUUGCUUAUACAACAAGAGACCACCUUCCCAUAUUCUUCAAAAUGGAAACUCUUUCCCAAGAUUCCAUUCUGGAGUGCCAGAUCUGCUUUAACUACUACAGCCCCCGCCGGCGGCCCAAGCUCCUGGACUGCCGGCACACGUGCUGCUCCGUGUGUCUGACCCAGAUGCGCAGCAGCCAGAAGGAGAUCCGCUGCCCCUGGUGCCGCUGCGUCACCAAGCUCCCCCCGGGCCUGUCCGUCUCCCAGCUCCCCGACGACCCCGACAUCAUCACCGUCAUCGCCAUCCCUCACGCCUCGGAGCACACGCCCGUCUUCAUCCGCCUCCCGAGCAACGGCUGCUACAUGCUGCCGCUGCCCCUCGCCAAGGAGCGGGCUCUGGGGCUGUCGGGGGAGCUGGGGUGCCGCUUCCUGCCCGGCAGCCAGCAGAAGGGGGUGACGGUGGUGACCAUGCCCGAGCAGCAGCCCCUGGGCCUGGCCAUGGGGCUGGAGGCGGUGGGGAUGGGGCUGGACGGAGGCGAGGGAGAGAGGAGAGUCACCGGCCCGGGGGGGGGAGCGGGGAAGGGCUCCACGUGGUCGGGCGUGUGCACGGUGAUCCUGGUGGCCUGCGUGCUGCUCUUCCUCCUGGGCAUCGUGCUGCACAACAUGUCCUGCAUCUCCAAACGCUUCACGGUCAUCUCCUGCGGCUGAGAGCGAAGGGGGAGGAUGCUCGGACUGCCGC